GGCGCGGUAGCAGCUGCAAUCCGAGUCGAGUCCGGAGUUGAAUCUCGAGCUGAGUCCCGAGCGGGCGAGCGGACUGACGCGACCCGGGCGGCCGUCUAGUGGGGCUCACCAUGCCGAUGCACUUCAUCUUCUCAGAUGAGGCUGUGCUUCUCUUUGAUUUCUGGAGAGUCCACAGCCCUACAGGCAUGGCUCUCUCAGUGCUGGUAGUCUUGCUCCUGGCUGUAUUGUAUGAGGGCAUCAAGGUUGGCAAAGCCAAGUUGCUCCACAAGACUCUGGAGAGCCUGCCUACUACCACCAGCCAGCAGCUCAUCUUGGAACCAGACCAGGAUUCUACAGGCUCCAGAUCAACUUCAGACAAUAGGACCCGCCUCAGGUGGUUUUUGUGUUACUUUGGCCAGUCUCUAGUCCAUGUCAUUCAGGUGGUAAUUGGCUACUUUGUGAUGCUGGCUGUCAUGUCCUACAACACCUGGAUUUUCCUUGGUGUGGUCCUGGGCUCGGCUGUGGGCUACUACCUAGCCUACCCACUUCUCCACAUGACUUAGUGGGCCAGACAUGUGCAGUGCUGAGGGCUGGAGAGCUGGGGCCUCUGUUCCAGGCACUGUACUUCCAGCCGCCUUUCCUUAGGAUGGCACUGCUCACCUCUUCCCCAGUUCCUGGUGACUGUGAGAUGAAGCCAGCAAAGCCCUGGAGCUUAGAAGCCAUGGAAGCUACCUCCCUCCCCAGCCUAUACAGGGCCCAGGCCUCCUGUGGUUCCUUACACAAGUCGCUGUGACCAAAGGGAACAUGGAGAGACCAGAAGCUGGAGGUAGGGUGGCCAGCCUGUGACACAGAUCUCUGACUACAAAUUAAAGUUUUCCAAAGAGC